UAAGAAAAGAGGGCAAUAUGCCCGGUGGAAGAACUAUGGCGUCCCUUCAGACGACAUAUCCUCCGGCCAGAAACGCCGAGACGGUCACAAAAGUUCGAGCGAUGAACGAUCACGAAGACAGGAAAAGAAAAGUUCUCCUCCAACAGUUUGAGAAAGAAAAUUCGGUGUUCAUGAAGAACAGGGCACAGGAGAAGAAACUUUUCCAGGGAAGACUUCGGAAUCUUCAAAACACCCAGCACAAGAUGCGGUCGUUGUCCCCAACGAAGGCUGAUACUGGGAUGGCUUCACCCGAAGUAUUGAAGAAGAACAAUAGAAGACCGGUUACAGAGUAUGGUCCUAGAGGAAAUGUGAGAUGGACGGAGGAAGACAAGGAUAAUAUCUUGAAAGAAUUUCGAGACGAGUCAGUGGACCACACCCCAAACGUGUCUCCUCCUAGCGGGACACCUCCAAAAGACAGGAAAGAAACGCGCACCAGAGCGCUCACAGCCAGCGACUGCUUCCGAAAGAAGAUGCUUGAGUUGGAAAGAGAAGACCACGCUCUCCUCAGCACGCCGCCAAGAGUGCGUCGACAACAGCUUCUGACGGGAAGGCCUCGUAUGCAAAAGGAAACUCUCCCUGGCAACAAGGACGGUGUUUCACGGGAAGUCCAGAAAGUUCCAAAAAAUGUAGAUGGAAAUUCGGCGUCGACUGAAUCUUCCAACCUCUGCCUUCCCUCAAUAGCGCCCAAAACAGCAACACAACAAAAAGACGAACAGCAGUCAAAAGUAGAACAUGAAAACCAGGAGGCAUCUGGGGCACCUGACCCUACAGCAGCACGGGUGGAGGAGUGGUUGAACAAAUUUUCAUCAACGUUAAUAGUGGAAACCUCAUCGGAAAAUAGCACCCAUGAUGUAGUAAAGAACAGAAGCCACUGCGACUUGAGGGUCUCUGAAGACGACGCCAGAGAGUGGGAGAACGUGGUCGGCGCCAGGAGGACCAGGCGGCGGUAUUACAUCCACCCCGCGACAUGCGAGGUGAUGAAGCCGCGGAACAUCGUCAGCAGGGUGGAGGAGAUGUCCGGGAAGGCUGGCAUACUGGCCUGGCUGGGGCUGGAAACACCGGACUUCCGAGCGAUAUUGAAGUAACUUUGCUGGACUAUAGCUAGACACGUAAGUGCCAACUUUAUAUGCUGUCUAAUCCCCAGAGGCACAUGUGGUACAGUCUGACAUCAUGCGGAACCUGUGUGAAUUGCAGCAUGAAUUUCCUCUGUGAGGCACUGUAAAAAACUGAGGCUUAACUACGUCGCAUUCAAGAAACAAAGUUAUAGUAAUAUACAUGUAUAAGUUACCUGAAAUAUGCACGAUAACAGAUAUGCAUACGUAUCGUUUUUUCCGUGAAUCAGUCUGUGUAUUUUUGCAGAAAUGUGCAUGAUUUGCGCUACUUUGAGAUGUGUGGUGUGUAGGUAAUAUUUUUGCUCAAGGAAAGCGAUCAUGUCAUAACUACUCCAUAAGGCCCGGUACAGUUUUCCAUGACGUACUUAAUUCAACUGCCAUUGAGAGUUUGCUUCUGAUUCUUUGUAUUGUGAUUUUGAGAUAAUAAACUACUUGAA